AUGGUCGCUGAUGCUUUAAAGUCAUUUUCUACCAAUGUCGGAUCGCACAUAAAGGAUGCUUAUAAAAGCACGGAGUCGGAGGUGACUCACUUCUCCCACACCUUCAAAGAUAAAGUCACAUUUUACCAUAGAGAUUAUGAUCAGGACGACGAACUUAUAAAAAAUUACAACCAUGAAAUUAAACAAGCAAGACAUGGCCUAGGCCAUCUUGUUUCUCAAAUCAACCAAUUCUACAAAAGGUUGGUACCUCAUAUGAUGUCACUUAACAUCAAGAUUGUCCGCGACUUCCAAUUGCUAAUUGGACCCGAUUCGUUGCAGUUCAAAGACAUUGAAAAGUAUUAUCACGAGUUUGAUCUAUUCCAGGCAGAGCAAGAGGUGCCACAUGUUCAUCCUAAGGAGAAGCAGUUUUCAAUAGACGGUGUGAAUGAGGAGUUGUUUCAAUACUUGCAGUCCACCUCUGCUCUCAAACACAACUUGGAAAACGAGUGCCUUGAUUUUCUAGACUCAACAGUUCCCAAAGUCCAAUCAAUGAGAAAAAGGUUAAAAGAAACGUUGAAGUUGAUCAAGAGGAGAGACCGCAAACGCGAUGAUCAAGAUAGGCUCGAAAGAAAGAUUGCCAAAUUAAACCAAAAGAAGCCACCUUUAACUGACAAAGACGAAGCUCAUUUGACAAAACUUCAACGUGAAUUUGAAGAAGUGGAUAUCGAAUUUAAAAUAUUGAAUGAUAAAGCAACAACAAUUUUGCCUCAUAUUAUGUCAUUUUUGGACGAGUUUAUUGAAUCGAUUACCCAACUACUCAUAUUGAAACAAGACAGCAUAUACGGGAGGAUAUUGGAGAAUUUCAAAUAUUUUGCCACAUUCUAUGGCUUGAUUUAUGAAGAAGUACCGACUUAUGAAGCAAUUUUAGGCCAAUGGGAACUGGAUAUCACGUCAACCAGGCUGCAGAUUGAGUCAUUCAUUACGAUAUUACAAAAUUCUAAAACUGACUUGUUGAAUGUCGAAAUUGAUGAUGAGGACAAGUCUCUGAAAACAUACAAAUUUUACCACAAAUUGUCAAACAAAAUAUUUGAUAAGUCCCAUACAGUAAAGCCGAGGGACAUGUCUGCGGGCAUGUUUAAUGACACUACUGAAGCUGACCCCCUUGUAUCAUUUGAAAAGUACAACAACCCACAAGCUAACCAAUCGGAGACGUACCAUCCUAGAAAGAUAUUGGGUAUAGAUGAUGUUGUUGUUGAGAAAGCUGUUAACUUUCAACCUGAGUUACCGCCAAGACCGACACUUGCGUCGUUCAAGUCUAUGCAACAAAGUACACAAGUCCCUAACCGGGUAUAUUUCUCACAAAGCGCAAACAAUUCCAUGGAGUCAUUGUCCUUGGAUAGUGAUGAUGAGACAGUCAUGUCUGAUGCCUCGCUGGUUAGCUCUGCGCCUUCUCAUUCAUUAUCAGGGUACACAAGCGGCGACAUUUCAGUCGAUAAAGAAUUGAAAAGAAUCUACAGCAUGUCCAAGAAUGAGAUUAAAGUGGCACCUGUGCUUUCCAAAUUCAACAAUAUUGUGCCCAAUGUGGAAAUUCCUAAAUCUCAGACUAUAACCGACGCUUAUAAACUUGCAUUACUCGAUCAUUUUUACCUGAGAUUGGACACUUUAAAACGAACUACAAAAAUUGCUAAAUACGAUUUUACAGGAGCUGAAGUUGGAGAUUUAUCUUUUAAAAAGGGCGACAAUAUCGAAGUAGUAUUUGAUUUACAAAACACUUGGAUUUGUGCCUAA